CCUCCAUCGCCUCGCCAUGUCGAGCUCGAGUUUGACGACGACGAGCAGCAUGGAGGCGGAGUCCGUCGAGGGCUUCGACACGCGCCUGUCCCUCGGGAUCGGCUGCUUCGUCGGCGCCGGGGGAAAGCCAAGCCCGCCGCCGCCGCCGAGGCCGGUGGCGCUGUUCGGCGAGCUGCUCCUGGCGCCGCCGCCGCCUGCGGCGGCGGCGAUGAUGGAGCCAUCGGGGCGUUCUUCCACGACGAUGGCUGCCGGGAAGAGAGAUCAGAGGGGGCCAGCUACGAAGCUGCUCCAGCGCAGCAGCAAGAAGGCCAGGACGGUGCCGCAUGGCGACGACGGCGACCGCCGGAGCCCCGGCGGCGGCGGCGAAGACGACGGCGGCGCGAUGAGGAAGAAGCUCCGGCUCACCCGGGAGCAGGCCACGCUUCUCGAGGACAGCUUCCGCGCGCACACCAUCCUGUCACACGCGCAGAAGCAGGAGCUGGCGGGGAGGGCGGGGCUGAGCGCGAGGCAGGUGGAGGUGUGGUUCCAGAACAGGAGGGCGAGGACGAAGCUGAAGCAGACGGAGGCCGACUGCGACCUGCUCCGCCGCUGGUGCCAGCGCCUCGCCGACGAGAACGCGCGCCUCCGCCACGAGCUCGCCGAGCUGCGCCGCUCCGCCUCCUCCUCGUCGCCGCCGGUGUCCGGCCUCGCCGCCGCCACGGCCGUCGUCUGCCCUUCCUGCGCCCACGACGACAAGCGGCGGCUCGCCUUCGCCGCCACCGCCGCCGCCGCCGCCGCCGGCGGCGACGUGGCUAACUGAUCGAGCUGGGUUCCGGCCAGCCAUCACGUACACUGUUUAUUUUUUUUCCUUCAUUUUUUUUGCUACAAUUGUUACGUAUUCUGUUUAAUUAGACACGAACAAUUAAGGCUUGCUAGUUAGCUAAAUAGUAUUAGCUACCUACCACGGACUUAAUAAUUCAUAGGAUUAGUGAAAAAUUUUGCAUUCUUAAUUAGGAUCGAGCAUGAUUAAUUUUUGCUGACCAAUAUAUGCUUCGUACAUAUAUAUGAUCCGGGGUACAUAUGUACGCAUGCAUAUAUGGUACUACAGUACAGUCACUAAGUAAUUUUUCAGGCAUUCUCUGCUUGUUUAUUGUUUCUAUCUGUUUGUCCUGCAUCCUGUGACGAACAGAUGCAUCUUCUCUGAAUUCGUUUCGAUCGGAUUGGGUUGCAAGUCUAAUGCCUAGAUGAAAUGAAAUGAAAUGUCAAAUUUUGAUCAGUUUGUAAGAUUGACAUAUGGAGUUUCAGACUGGUCAGGAAAUGACACAU